GAUACCCGAGAGCAGCGUGCUGAGGAUGCAGGGUCAGACGAGCCUAGUUCGGUAUUGGUCAGGCAGAUCAGUCUUAAAGUGGCAGGAGGAAGAGUAGUUGAGUCACAGACCAGGUCAGCAAUGGAGGAUCAAUCAGACAGGAGAGGAGACAGAAGGAUAUUCCCAGGCAAGCCAGAGGUCAAUGCAGGUAGCGGUCAAGCGGAGGUCAGGAACAAGCUGGUUCGGUAUCAGCAGACAAUCACAGGAAAUCAGGGAACACGAGCAGGGAUAAGACCAUACGGCAAUGGGACAACUACUGUAGCCAGUUUAAAUAGCCGUUUUGGCGCCAGCAUUAGUGACAGGUGCACGCCUGUGCCUGCACAUCUGUGCAUGCACAUAUUUGUGCAUGCACAUAUGCAUGCACAAAUAUGGACUCUGUGCAUGCACAUAUUUGUGCACAACGGAACUUCACCUGCACUAUGGGCAAGCUUUUCC